AUGGCUCUCUCUACUUCAACUGCUGCUGCUCUUCUUCAAUUGUUGAUUUUGGUUCUCGAUUUGUGCUGCCCAUUUGUGCUCGGUUCUCAAAGGAGGGCUCGUUAUGCUAGGAAGAAGAAAGCCCCUUCUCGUUUCAGUUUUGCUUCGGAUGAACCCAAAGGGGGGCUCUUUGGUUGGGUGAUGAUAGUCGUCAUGAUUUCAAUGACGAUAUAUAUCAUGGCAAGAAAACGGAAAGCAACGGACAAGGACACCGACAAAGGCAAGGGAAAGAGUGUCGGUAGUAGUACAAACAAAAAGAAGGCGAAGGGAAAAGGCAAGGGAAAAGGAAAGGGAAAGACGGGGUUGCGUGACGAGCCAACGGAUUCCGAAACCGAAUCGGAGCAUAACACGAGGGAGGCGGAGGCGGAGGCGGAGGAGGAACCGGCGAGAAGAGUUGUGAGGAUGCCACGGUCACAUUCAUGCGGCAUUUUUGGAGCUAAGAUACCAACAAGACCUCGACGGAUCAAUAUCUCCGAUGGACAUAUUGAAGAUAAUGAGGCAAAAAAGACUUUGCUUGCGAUUAUUCGGGCAAGAUGGCCUUUGGGUAAGUACACGUUUAGUGACAUAGACGCGGCUUACCCAAAGUGGCUCGGUCUAAGGGUUGAGGAGUUUCUCAAAUAUUAUAGGCAAUUGAAAGGUCAAAGCCGUUCACAAGCCAAAGCUAUCAUUGAAGAUCACAUAAAGGUCACAAUCAAAAGGACCAUGAAUGAAUUGAAGAGGAGGAUCGAGAGGAAGUCAAGGGAGGAAGGGGUUUCGAAGUUGGCUUUGAAACCGGAAUAUUGGAAUAUCAUUUUUUGGAAAGAUCUUCUCAAGUAUUGGGACACGGAUGAAGGCCACUUGCAUAGGUCGGAAGUUGGAGCUGCUAAUCGGCAACGCGUGGAAAGGUUGCAUAGCGCGGGUGCUCGCUCCUUCAACCGUGUGCGCGAGAACAUGAAAAAGAAAUUGUCUAAAAGUCCGACAAAGCUUGAGGUGUGGGAUGAAUGCCACACUAGGAUCACCUCCACUCCCGAGAGCCGGAUAUAUACUACCCCCGCCGCUAUGCGCAUUGCGGAACGAUAUGCCUCCAUUCUUGAUCGUAUGCCGGUGGAGGUUACUCAAACGGGGGAGCGGGAUGAGCCUUGGGAUUGGUGGAUGGAAGCAAUGGAGGUUCCCCAAGGCGAGAGGCUAAAAAAGAACUAUGUUGUGGGGUUCCCCAAAGCUCGAGCUAGUGAUUUGAUCCCAACACUAGCCACGCGCUAUAGGGAUUCCACCCGUGGCGGCGCCGGCUCAUCCUCAUCCGCUCCAACACAAAAUCCGGUGGUUCCCGAUUCCAUCUUCCUCCCGAUUGUCCGCAAUGUGCUCAAUGAAACCCGUGCCAAUCCUCUGCAAUUUGCUCGUCGCCUAUCGGAUGAGGAGAUAACAACCUUUGCACGCACAGCCCUCGAGGCGUCCGAUCCAGCCGCUGACCCGGCUCGGAGGGCGGAAUGGAAUAACCUUCUUGGCGGCGAGGUUGUGCAUAUUGUAGGGACAUUGCUCGAGGAUGUCCUCCAAAAAAUGGAUGCUCGUGCUAAAAUGGCAACUGCGCAAGAGGGAGAGAAAGAUUACACGGAUGUGGACGAGGACACGGAUGGAAACACGGAUGAUGAGGGUGAAGGCGAAGCCGGCGGUGAAGGUGGUGGGGAAGGCGGUGGUGAAGGCGGUGGUGAAGGCGGUGGUGAAGAUGGUGGCGAAGGCGAUGGUGAAUCAUCCGAUGUUUCUUUGACCGAUUAGUGUAAUUUAUAAUUUAAUUUUAACGGAUGGUAUAUAUUAAGACAAUGGUUGGAUUUGGAUUGUGGUGAAUGUUUGUGUUUUGAAUUGUUUGAAUGUUUGGAUUUGUAAUUAGAAUGUUUGAAUUUGUAAUUAUAAUGUUUGGAUUUGGUUUAUUUAGAAUGGUUUCGUUUAAUUUUGUUGUUGGUAUUUCGUUUAAUUUUGUUUAUUUAGAAUGGUUUCGUUUAAUUUUGUUGUUUGGAUUGUGGCUGGUAUGGUUUUGGUAUGGUUCUGGUUUGGAUUGUGGUUGGAAUGGAUUGGAAACUGCAGAUUCUGCUGCAAUCUUUUUA